AUGAACAUUCUGGCAAAAGAUGUUUCUGAUGAAAUAUUACAAGAACUGCUCAAAAGCCCUAAUGAAUUACCUGAUAGAUACAAUCUUAAACAAUUUCUUAAAGAUCCACCAAAUGUCAAAAUACCACUUAUCUAUUCCCUCUUUAAUUCAAUUCCUACAGUUGAUUUGUUAUCUGGUAUAAUUAGUCUUCAUAAAACUGGUGAAACUGAAGACUCAUACCACAGCUUCUGGGAUGAUGUGAUUAAAAAGUCCUUUGAAAUAUUUGGCAUAAACUUGAAGUCAAUGGAGUUUGAUUGUAAUACCAACAAUAAUACAUGUUCAGGUCGAUUAUUACCAAUGAUAUUGGAUCUAUGCCCCAAAAGAGAUAACCCUGAGUUUCAGGUGUUAAAUAGAUUAAAUGGAAAUGUGGUUGAAAUUGGUUACACAGUUAAGAAAAUAUUUCUUAAAGAACAAGAUGCUAAUCACUUAAAACAUAUUUACAAGAUACUGAAAGACAAUGAAAUCAGAUGUGUUGAUGAAUUAUUUGCUUCACAUGGUAAAAGUGUACAUUUAAAGCCUUGUGGAGAUGAAAGGAAACCAUCAGAUUUUAAUGGACUGUUAAGAGCAUUAACUUACAUCAGAUGGCCAAACAUAAUUUUGCAUAAUGAAAUAUAUAUUUUAAUUGAUUUUGAAUUUGCUGAAUUUGCUCCACAAGUAGCUUUAAAUCAGCUCAAGGAAAAUGACAUGCGCCUGAAAUAUCUUUCCAAUCUAGCAUCAAAACUAUGUGAAGAUGAUUUAAAUAGACGACCAUCAGCAUCUGAUGCUCUUGAAAAGAUUAAAGAAAUGUUUAAAAAGUGGUACCCUUUGGAUAAAUGGUUAGAAUAUUUUGAAAAUAGUUUAAAUAAUAUCUUGGCUAACCAAACCAGCUGCUUAAAAUAUUAG